GUUUUUAUAUUUAUGAAAUGUUUUCUAGUACAAUGUAAGUGCACAACAAAAACAACCACAACCAAUCAGUUUCACUAUGAAGAGAUGAGUUUGAUAUACAAACACAAAAAUGAUCUAAUCUAUGUGAUUUAGUUCUCAAGGUUACAAGAACCCACGCAUAGUAUCUAGAUUCAAAUAUAUGAAAUACUUUAGGAUAAUUCUUUGUUUAUUGUUCAAAAAAAUAUAAAAUCAUUAUGGUUAUUUCUAUUUGAUGAAGUUCUAAUGAUGAUUAUGGUUGUGAUCAGACAGAUAGUAAAUGUCUGUAGAUAAGUUUUACUUCUUAUUCUCAGACUCAUAGGUGUAUAUAUAUAUAUACAUGUAUGAUACACACAAGUAUACAUACCAUAUAAAGGUGUGAUCAUAUAUAACCAUAUUGAUUUCAUCAAUAUAUGAAUCAAUAUUGAAACAACGAUAGUAACUGAUUUAAUAAAUGUGAUCAUGAUGUUAAUGUCAAUUCAUUUAAAUAUAUAUUACUAUUAUUAUUAAUACAAAUAAAUAAUAGUUCAGGGAACAUAAUUGCUACUCAUAAAUAACAUAGAAACAAUCAAAUUAUAUCAGCAAACAAACAACAAAAAAAAGGAAAGAUUUGCAUUUACAAUAAAUCACAUUAGAUCAGUUCAUUCAUUCCAUUGAUAUUAUUUGAUUAAAAAUCGGCUUGGAAAAACAAAUCACAAUACAAUUCAAUGGAAAGUCAAACAUUAACAUCGGCAACUUUAUCACGUUCGGAUUCUGUAGGUUCAUUACUAAAUGAACGUAGUUACGAUGCCGAAACACAAUCUCCAUCUACUCUACGUUUAAGAUUUAGUCCCAAAUUAGAGUCAGAUUUACCAUAUAGUAGUGAUAACCAACAUGAUAAAAAUCAAAUUGAUACUGAUAAAUCAGAGAAAAUUUUUCUUCUACCUGGUACUGAACGUAUUGUGAAAGUUAUUAAAAAAUUCACUAUUUCUGACAAUAAUAAUAAAGAAUAUACUGAACGUGAUAAUGAGGAAGUUUAUGAUAGUAACAUUAAUGAUGCAGAUAAUGAACAGGAUUUAAAUAGUUUUAUCAAAAACCAGUAUACCAAUAAAACAGAACAUAAAUAUUAUAAAACAAAUGUAGUGCAUAAAAGGCAUAGAGUAUUACAUCGUUCAAAUCGUAGUCAUCAUGAACGUCAUCAUCGGCGUCAUCAAAAAAACCAAUCUAUUGAUUAUAUUAAUGGUCUUCAAAGUAGUGAACAAUCUCAAUCACCGGUGAGAAGAGAAACUAUAGAGAAAUCAAAAAAUAUCAAAUAUAAAAAACCUGUUACAUCAUUUCAAAGCUCAGUUACAUAUGAUCCAUACAGUAAUGAACAAAAACGUGUAAUCAGUCGUUUAAAUUUGAUAGCACCCGGACCAGCUAAAUCAUCUGAUUUAAAUGAGAACGAAGUCAUGUCAACUGAUGGAUUUCAUGAUACAAGUCGAAAUGUACAAAAAUAUUUAAAUUCACAAAAUACAAAGGUAGGUUUAUCAGAAUUAAAGGAGAGUCGGUUGUUUUUACCAAUUAAAACUAAUAAAAAGAACCGUAAUAAAUAUAAAAAUCAUUCACGACGGAGUGAAUAUGAAAGUCACCACGAAAAAUUACAUUCAUCAUUGAAUCGACUAUAUCCACAUACUUCACAUAACUCUGGUGUUUGUCGAAAAUGUAAUGUUAUGUGUUCAAAAUGUAAUGAAAGUAUUCAUCAUUUAAAUCAUUAUAAUAGUGAAUCACGAUCAUUACAUCGAGCUGAUAUGUAUUGUGAUCGAAGAUUACGUGGAAUAAGUUGUUCAUCUUCAUUAGAUCAUGAAUGUCGGUUUAAUUCAAGUCAGAGAUAUAGAUCAUUAAGUGGUUCGAAAUUGUUUAUACCAUCAAGUCAUCAUCACCAUUAUCAACCACAUCGACACAUAUGUUGUGCUAAAUCAAUACCAUCUUUAAGUACAUUAGAUUUCUACGAUACAAAUUCCAUUUAUACACAUAGUCUAGGAUCUAAUCGUCAUGUAAAUUUUAUAGAAAUUGAAUAUAUGCAAAAUGAUAAUGGUGAUAAUGAUAAUGAAAAUCUACCUAUGGGAUUAACAAAAGACAAAUUAAAUUGGAUUACAAAUUUAGCACGUGAAUCAUUAAUUAAAACAAAAGAUCUUGAUUCUUUAGCUAAACUAAUGAAAGAAACAUUAGAUGAACAUUUUGGCAAAAUAUGGCAUUCUAUUGUAGGCACUGAAUCUUAUGGUAGUCAUUUAGCUACAUUACCUGGAACAUUGGUUAGUUUUAGAAUAGAUAAAUGGGCUUUCUUACUUUGGCAAACAUAAUACUGAAUGAAAUUAUAUCCGUUUCUUGAAACUACACAGUAAUGAACAAUAUUCCUUCUAAGUGUAUUCAUGACAAACUUGAAUGUAAAACUUUACCUUUUUUCGAAAAAAAAAAACAAUUCACCAUAUAUAUCACAGGAUUCCUGACAUUUUUAUUGUAUUUCUCAUCAUAAUUGUUACGUAAUAUCAAUAUUAUUUUAAACCAUUGUAUCCGUAUGACUACUAAAACUUGAUAGAAACCUAUAUCAUUGUUUCUUUUUUGACUUUCUCUAAUCCUUAAUAAGGAUUUUAAAAAGUUUUUAAUUUUGAUUUUUUAAACAUCAUCUGAUAAAUGUGAAUGAAUAAAUUAAGAAUGAUAAUCGUAGUCUAUAGGUUCGAAUCUGACAUGGAUGUACACUAAUAUCUUUAUUACUAUGAUGAUGAUGAUGAUGAUAAUCGAGAACAUAGUACUGAGUUCUUGUAUUUUUAUUUCAUUUGAAUAUAUCUACAUUGUAAUGCUGAUGAAUGUAUUGGGAUUUAAACUCUUGAGCUACUUCUUAUUCAUGCAAUAAAGAAAAAAGUCAUCGUUUGAGUAGAAAAUUAUAAUGUUUUCCAUGUUUUCUGAUUUGGAUUGGUUCUCUUUUGUUUUAUUUUAUCAUUGUAAUAUAUAAUAAUGAAUUAAUGAAUUGACUGAAUACAUUUAAUUUUUUUUAUCUUUGGUUAAUAAACUUUGUUUUUCUACACCAAGUGGUAUAAUGAUAAUUUUAUUCGAUUUUUUUCAAUGGUAUCUACUAUUUGGAACUUCAAUUCUUAGAAAUCGGUCAUAAUCAGUAUUAUUUCUUUAUAAGAAAAAAAUGGAACUUCUACACGAUACCGAUCAACAACAACAAUAACAACGAAAAUAAAAUACACAUGUUUCCGGCUUUUG